AUGAAGGAAGAGUCUUUGUUUCCGAACUCAGUGGAUGUCUUCAGUCCAGAAAAAGGAGAUGCACUAGGAAUUCUGGAGGAGAAGAUAGAUUCUGUGAAAAAACCUCAGAAUUCUGUAGAACAACAAAAAAUGCUACACUCUGAUCUGAUGAAAGUCAGAAAUGUUGAAUCUGCUGAGAAGGGUGAUUAUGGAGAUGAUGUGGCAAAUCCAGUUCGUGAUAAUGGUGAAGAGCAAACAAAUGCAUGGAGGAGAAAAGAAAACAUCAAAGUGUCAGAAUUGCAAUUGGGUAACUUCUUAGCUGAAGAUGGUGUGACUGUUAAAUAUAAUGAACAAAAUAAGAAAGACAAUGCAAACAAGCUUAGUAACUCUAUAGUUAUCAAAGUAUUUGGAGGAGAACCACCUGUAUGGGUAAUCAGUUCAGAGCUCAGGAGACAAGGGUCUCAAUUUGGGAAAUUUCACCUCACUAUGCUAGGUAUGGGGUGGGUGCUCUGCUCUUUUCCCGAAUCAGACCAAAUGGAAGCUGUUAUGGCUAAUGGGCUGUGGUUUCUCAAUGGAUAUAUAAUUGGGAUGGAUGAAUGGCCCCAAACUUUCUCUCCAACUUCGCUUAAAGGUUUGACAGCUCUGAUUUGGAUCAGAUUAUCAAAUCUUCCUCUUCAUUGCUGGGACAAUAUAAACAUUUGUAGAAUUGCUUCAAUGAUUGGAAAACCAUAUUUACUUGAUGGAAACAUGUUCCAAUGGGGACGGAGAGAAUUCAGAAAGGUAUGUGUCCAGAUCAAAUUGGAUGCUAAGCUUCCACUAGGUGUUUGGGUGGAAGUGAAAGAAGUACGAAUUCAAGAUGGAAAUGGCAGAAGCAAUGAAGAUUCAGAAUAUGGGCCUUUGAUAGUUGUUAACCGUGGAAGGAAGAGGGUUAAUAACAAAGCCCAAAAAUUUACUCAAAAUCCCUUGAAUAAAGUUCUGUGGAAAAGAAAAGAAUCUAGGAAUGCUAAAGACUCAUCAGAAAACACAGAGGCUGUUAAUGUUAAGGAAACUGUAACUGUAGCUAGUCAAAUUCUUGAUUACUCUGUCUUGAUACCUAAAGCAAAUGGUGAAAUUUUAGCUCGGGAAAACUGCAAUGCUUCUUCCACAAAGAAUGGCCCAAAUACAAGGGAGAACAUCUCCAUUCCUAUAGCAGAAAACAAAUUCAGUGCUCUAUGUGAUCAAGUUGAAGAUGGAGAAAUUGUCCAGGAGAAAGCAGAUGAAUUACCAUCCUUAGUAGGACCACCUAAAGUAAAAACAUCUAAAAAUUCUAUCAGUAAUACAAUACCAUUGGAAUAUGGCAAAGAAGAUGGAUCAAACAUGGCUAAGAAGAAGAAAUCAAAACAAUUGAAGGACCUUGGACCAAUUAGCACCAAUCCAAGGGGUAGGAGGAUGGAGAUAGAAAUGAAUGAGACUAAGUUAUCUACUUUUGAUAUGAAAGAGGUCAAGAUGCUUAUUAGAGAAGGUUGGGAUUAUGUGAUGGUGCCUUCAAAUGGGUUAUCUGGUGGGAUAAUUGCUCUUUGCAACACGAACCUAACUGAAUUCUCUUUGCUAGAAUUCUCAUCCCAAUGUAUCAUUGGGGAUCUCUCAGUUUGCAACAAAAAUAAAUGGAGGGUGGCUUUGGUAUAUGGGAACAAAGAUUUGUAUAAAAGGAGAGAUCUUUGGAACAUUUUGGAUUUGCAUUCUUCUAAUGAACUCCCCAUGGUGAUCGGUGGAGAUUUAAAUUGUCUCACUUCAAGGGAAGACAAAAAAGGGCCAAAGGAAAUGGAGGCUUUCUUUGCUAAUAAUGAUUACCACGAUGUAAGAUUUAUUGGGCCUCGGUUUACUUGGUGUAAUAACAAUGAUGGAGGAGCUCGGAACCUGGAAAGAUUCGAUAGUUGUUUCCUUAACUCUAUGGCUUUAAAUUCUUCUAAUCAUUUGGUUGUUAGGCACCGAGCUAGAAUAGCUUCCUAUCACUGUCCAGUUAUCAUUAAUUUCCUUGAGUUGAAAUCAUCAAAUUCAAUGUUCAUUAAAUUUGAGGAUGUGUGGACAUCCUAUUCUGCUGCACUAGCUGUGGUAAAAAAUGAAUGGAACAAAUCAUUCUUGGGUAGUCAAUCCCAGAUUUUCAACUCUAAGUUCAAAAGAGUAUUAAAGGCUCUCUUUUUCUGGAGCAAAACCAAGCUGAAAAAUUUGAUCCUUCUUAAAGAUAAUUUAAUGGAAGAAAUUCUGAAUCUGCAAACAAAAGAAUCAAACACUGGAUGGCUAACUGAAGAAAAAUGUUGGAUUCUAAAAGCCAAGGGUUUUGAGCUCAACUCAAACAUGGCUAGAUUGAACACUUGGUGGAAACAAAGAGCAAAAGUCAAAUGGAUGGAGGAUGGAGACAAUAAUUCAAAAUUUUUCCAUGCAUUUUCUAGUGCAAGAAGGAGCUUGAAUAAAAUUGUUAAAAUAAAGGAUAAUGAUGGGGUGGUACUAAAAGAACCAAAUCAAAUAGAAGGAGUUCUCAUUCAGUUUUUCAGAAAUAAAUGGAGACAGAGAAUAUGCAACAUGGAAGGGUGGCCAUUGCCGAGAAGUGUAUUGAAUGAGGAUGAUAAAUCAUGGCUAGCAAGGGAAUUCUCAUUGAUAGAGAUUGAGGUUGUCCUAAAACAAUUGGGAGGUAAUUUGCACCAGGUUGUGUUGGUGGCAGCUAAACUGAUCUUGAACGGGUUAAUUUCAGUAAUUCCAAAGCUAGUCUCAGAGGAGCAGGUGUCUUUCAUCAAGGGUAGAUCUAUCUCGGACCAGCUGCUUGCUCAAGAGGUAUUCCACAAAUUCAAGUAUUCUAAAUCUUCCAAAGGCCUUGUGUCUUAUAAAAUUGAUAUGGAGCAAGCUUAUGACUCAAUGAGUUGGGUCACUCUUGAAGGUGUCUUAAAAUAUUUUGAAUUCCCUCCUAUGUUUUCAAAGCUGAUUUUGGAAUGUGUGGUUGAACCAAGGUUUUCUUUGAUUAUUAAUGGCAAUCUUUCCGAUUGGAUUGAAGCUAAGAGUGUCUUCCAGCAAGGUUGCCCACUUUCUCAUCUUCUUUUAAUACUUUGUCCUCAACUCCUCACCAAUGCUCUUGCAUUAUCUUCUAUUGGUAUUAGCCUUUGUCCAAAUGGGCGAUGGAUUUUUCACCUAUUGUAUACUGAUGACGUGAUGAUUUUCUCUGAAGCUAAUAAGAAGGUGGCAAUGGAGAUUAAAUGCAUUCUUGAUAAAUUCAGUGUUUGGACUUGA